CCCUGACCUGCGUUCGAUCAAAGUACAUCAGGGUCCUCGGGAUUAGGGUCACUCCGUCGCCUGCGGGCAAAUGUCGCUGUUGCAUGGUUGCAAUACGAGCUUGGGUCUAGCGUCUGCCCUACUGCUGCCCUAACAACUGUAUUCAGCGGUACAACCAUGAACUGUCCUCGGAGCAUAGCCACGACUGGUAGGUAUAAAGAGAAAGCUCUCCAGGAUCAAACAAGCUCCUCAUCACACCAGCUCGUCUCAUCUUCUCAACAUAACAUACCUUUUUGCGCAUACUAGAAAUAUACCACUCCAACAUGGUAAACAAUCGCAUCAACAAGGUCGCCAUAGUCGGUGCUACAGGGCACAUAGGCUCUCAUAUUGUCGCUGAGUUGCUCAAAAAUGCCCGUCAUGAGAUCACCGCUAUCUCGCGUCAAGGCAGUAAGGCCAAAUUUCCCUCUGGCGUCAAAGUUGCUCAGGUAGACUACUCCAAGGAGGAGUCCAUCAUUGAGGCACUGUGCGGCCACGACUUCCUCAUCAUCAGCUUGAGCACGUCCGCAGCACCUGAGACUCACCCUACUAUCUGCAAAGCUGCUGUGAAGGCUGGCAUUCACUGGAUCAUGCCUAACGCCUAUGGAAUGGACAUCAACAACGUCAAGUUCAUGGAAGAAAACGUAUACGGCCCCGUCGCCAAGAAGGCCAUCGAAGACGUCAAGGCAGCAGGUGGCAGUUUCAUCAACCUCGCGUGCAGCUUCUGGUACGAGUGGUCCCUCGGCGCAGGCCUGGACUGUUAUGGCAUCGACGUCGCUGCCAAGAAAGCGAUCCUUUUCGACGACGGCACGCAGAAGAUCAAUACCAGUACGCUCACGCAGUGCGGCCGCGCUGUCUCCGCCCUCCUCAAUUUGCCCAUCACCAAAGACAACGACAAGCCCGCUCUCGAGGACUGGAAGGACAACGCAUUCUACGUCUCCAGUUUCCUGGUCAGCCAGCGCGAUAUGCUCGACUCGGUGCACAGAGUGCUAGGUGACUCGGACGAGGAGUGGGAAAUUACGUCUGAGCCUGUGGAGGAGCGCGUGAAAACGGCGCUGCAGGACAUGUACAAAGGCAACUAUAUGGGGUGGGUGCGGGCCAUGUACACAAGAUUCUUUCAUCAGAAUGGUGAUGGGAAUUUCGAGUCGAGACACGAGCUGGCGAAUGAGCGGUUGGGGUUGCCGAAGGAGGAUCUGGAUGCUGCGACGAAGUGGGCGGUGGAGAAGCAGCUGAGGGAUGGGUUCGUGUAUGAGCGGUAAACUUAGGAGAAGAAAAUAACGUGCGGGAGAUAAUGACACACCGAAUUUGGUAAAGCAGGC